UAGAAAAGCGGUGCCGGGGGCCAGGAGCUGCUCGGAGGCACCGAGGGUUUUCCCACCGACAUGAAGAACGCGGUGCCACAGGCGGCCUCGCUGCUGCUGGAGAAGCUGAUGCUCCUCGUCCACAUCCGGCCAUUGCCCGCGGGCUCCGGCGGAGAAACGCCACCGCCUGCUCCCAGCUACUACGAUACCAGCUGCUUCAAGCGAGGAGACCUGCUGGAGGUGCCCCGCACCCUGUUCAUCCACUUCGGCAUUUACCUGGGCGAGAACCGCGUCGCCCACUUGAUGCCCGACAUCCUGCCCUCCAUCACUGGCGACCGUCGGCAGAUCCAGCAGGUGGUGACCAACAAGCGGCUUAUCCUGGGCGUCAUCGCCAGGACGGCCAGCGUCCGGGUGGACACGGUGGAGGACUUCGCUUACGGCGGCAGCAUCCUAGUCAACCACAUGGACCGGCUCUUCGAGGACCAGGUGCUGGGCAGCGAGGAGGCGGCCCGCCGGGCGGAGAAGCUGGUGGGCGCCACGGCCUACAGCCUGCUCUGGAACAACUGCGAGCACUUCGUCACCUACUGCCGAUACGGAGCCCCCGUCAGCUUCCAGACCGACAAGUUCUGUGAGACUGUGAAGAUGAUUAUUCGGGACCAGAGGAGUGUCCUCGCAUCGGUGCUUGUGGGACUAGCGUCAAUAGUCUGCCUAGGUGUGGCACCCUCCACCACACUCCCCACCAUCUUCAUUCCCUUCUUUCUGUGGAUGGCUGGCUAACAGCCUUCCUGGAGUGUCCAUUCCAGCGUCUGUAUAUAGGAUGUAUACUACUGUAUUUAUGAAAGCACACAUUACUCACUGGCAUCAUGUAAAGUUUCUUAACUUUGUGCACCAUUUUAAAAUGCAACUUUGUCUAGAACACAGUGCACAAGGCAUAGCUUACUGUGUAAGCCAAAUAACAGAUUUCCUGAAAAUCUUGGUAUAUUUUAACACACCUUUAAAUCACGGAAAAAGUAGGGUUGCGAUGCAGUUCUGCUCCUUGUCUUUAGCCAAAAAUUAUUCUAAUAACAUACUUCAUGUUCUUCAGUUGUUUAGCUGCAAAUCUGGGUGCCAUAACUAUUAAUAAAAAUGGAUGAUGGAGUUCUACAAAGUGAUGGAAAUGGAGAACAAACUGCCUCUUCCUUUUAUAGAUAUAGUGUAUAUUCAGAAAUUACUGUCUUCAUUCCUAAAAUACUCCUUGGUGGAAAUGCAAGUAAAUUGACUCUUUUCUGAGAGCAAAGAAGAAAAACCAACCCUGAGCUGGGUGCUGUGGGAGCACAUCUGGCCUGACCAGUUAAAGUCGUUUCCCUUUUGGGAAAUGUUCAGAAAUCUGUCAUUUGCAUUAAUUGUAUAAACACUUGCUACCUUAUUGAACAACUUUUUAAUUGAGUUAGUGAUAAGGAAACAUGGCAAUUCCUCACCAGUUUCCUUGCCAGUGAUAGUGGCUAAUAUGGCUAAUAUAAAUGGUUACAGAGGGGUUUAGGAGCUAUAGGAAGAAAUUUGCUUGAUUUAUGUCAACAAGUGAUAUACAGAUGUUGGGACAUUUCCACAUUCCAGGGCACAUGGCAGAGAGGAGGACGACAGGCACCAAUUUAGUGGAACCUGUGUAGGUGCUGUAAAGUAUCAGGGAUCAUUGGAGCAGUUUCUAUGGUGGCUGUAUUGUCAUUUUGGAUAUUGCCUUAAAACACUUUCUCAGUGAAAGAAUACAUGUCUCCCGAGACAGUAGCUGGUGCUAGAAAUGUUUUAUCUUCAAUGCUGAGGCCUUUCAGUUUAUCAAGAAUGUGUAAAGUUGGAUUUGAAAUCAAGUUCAUGUAGGCAAUUAUUUAAAUGCUAAAAUCUUUUGCUAUUUUUUUUCUUAGCAAGGUCUUUUAUGUAUGCAGAGAAAUAGUUCAGCUCCUGGAAUGCCUUGUGUGCAUAUGUGUGCUUGUUCACAUGCUGUGCUUGCCUUCCUUUCUAGUUAAAGGCCAAUAGGAUGGUGUCUUCACUAAAGACUCAACCUCAGAUUUACUUCUACUAAUGGUGUGCAGUGUCCUGCCAUCAGCUCUGUUGCUGAAAUGGCCACUUGCCCAUUUUUAGAGAGACUCCUUUUAACUGUGCUAUAAACCCCCUCCUCCUUCCGCUAGACCUUACAGAUGCUUGAAGGUUGGAUUUUUAGAACUGAGAGUCUACUUAGCUACUCUCUAAUCGUCAUCUUCUGGCUGCUCCACCAUAGCUGACGAAGAAUGUAAAGACUGGGGUGAAAUUCCAGAGCUCAUAGGAAAGAGCAGCAUGACUCCUGCUGCCAUCAAAUAGGGGAUUUCAGCCUAGCUUUCACAUGUUCAGUCGGCAGCCCAGCUCCGAGCAGCUGGAUAUCAAUUACUGCUGGAUCCUUGUAAACAACUUCUAUUCUGCUUUGAAAGAUUGCAAUGUUCAGUGUAACUGUUUCUGGUAAACUUUUGAAAUUAAGGUGUUUUUUAAUUAACCUGAGUUACUUUUUCAUAGCAUAUGCAUUAGGAAUAUUUACAUAAACUCCAAUGUGUUUUUUUUACUUACUGUGAAUAAGUCAUGAGCUGUAGUCAUAACUGUAAUUAUAUAAAUUUUAUUCAUUUAAAAAUGUCUACUGACCUCUUCAAAUUAAGUAUAGUGCUGUAGCAUUACUCUAAGAUAUCCCAGUAGGGCCCCGAACAAGCCAUUAACAUGCAGUUACAUGGUGUCUGAUUACAGGUGGGCUUUUCUUUUACCUUUUAUUUAAUUGGGAUUUAUAGGAAUUCCAGUAAUUCUUACAAUCCACAUAUACAAUAAACAACGGGGUCAUGACCAGUAACCAAAUCACACAUGGGACUCUUGGAAGGCAGAGAAAUGUUCCUGCUCUAGCUUCGAUAUCAAAGGAUCUGUGCUUCUGCACUGCUAACAGUGUGGAGCAGAAAGCAUACAGAUUGACUAAAUUGGGAUUUUCAUAGGUGUCUACGAAAGAAAUGAAAGCAGUUCCUUGCAGGCUUUCAGAUGUAUUAGCAGAGAAUUUUCCUUCAGAAUACAAAGUUUUAAACUUAUGAAAUGGUCUAGAAUGUCUUGCUGCAUCCUUUCAUCAAACCCAAGUAAUAAUGACAUAGGAGCAGAAAUUCAGCUGCAUGUUUAGGCAUUUUUCCUACCAACUGUAGUUCCAGCAAAGAUCUGGAAAUUUUGUUAAAGUCAGGCAUGAGUCAAAUCAGUCAUACUCUGAGGAGAAAAACAAGACUAGCAGGCAUGAAUUUUCCUGUUCAGCUCAGCGGGUGGUGUUUGUGCUCUGAUAUAUUUUGGUAAAUGUCAGUGUCAACUUUUUUCUUCUGUAAUUACUUGAGUAAAAAUAAGCACUAGCUGGAGCACUGCAUUUCAGACUUGAGCUCAACUGUGAUGCCAUUGAAAUGAAGGAGCUAGUUAUAAUAAGAAAAACACAGAAAAAUGUGGAGCGGUUCAGCUGUUGGGGAAAUGUGUGUGCUUAGAAGUGAAAUUGUUCAUCUGUAACUGUAAGUGAUGGUGAUGGGGAGUGUAAAUCCAGAGCCACAGCUCAUUAUAGUGGGGACUGUUUUGAAAAGCUGUGUGGUUAAACCAGAAUACGUAAUGAAGGAGUAUAAGGAGUGAAGGAGUAUUUCCGUGCCACUGGAAAAGGCAAGUAGUGAAGACAUCAGGUUUAAAGGAUAGAUGUUUCACUUCAGGCUUUCCAAGGAAAACAAAAAUAAAAUGAGUAAGGUUCAAAAUGUUUUUAGAAAACCCUUGUUUAAAAGAAAUGAACAAAAAGGUAAGUUACUAAAUGAAGGCAUUAGAACCAUGUGCUUUCUGGUUUUCUGUUUGUAUUUAUUUUAGCUUGGAACAUAAAUGAUUACUCAUUCUGUGGUGAACAGUCAUCUGCUGCUUGAUUUCACUCUGCAUUCUCCUGUGCUGGAGGAGAAUGCUACAUAUAAAUACCGUUGAGUGUUUUAAUGAAAACAAAAUCAUAGUAAUACUUGUUAAAGGCUGAGGGGGUAGGGAAGAAGGAAUUAAACUUGUGUGUGACUUGACAUCGUCCAGACAGGUUUUAGAAUGCAAAAUGCAGCAACAAGAAACAUUAGAACUGUGAUCUCUAGAAAUUAUAUGGUACUGUAUUAUUUGUUGCAUGUUCUCACAUUAAAUAAAGCAUCACACACCAGGGGAUGAUA